AAGUGAAAGUGAAGCAUAAGCAAUGAGAGAGCGAACACCGAGGAGAGAGAAAGAAAGAGAUCAAAUCAAACUAGAACAAGCUUUGCUUCUCUCUCUCACGUCCUAGGUUCUCAGCUUUUACAAGAAAACUAGAAGAGGAGAGCGAACCAAAGAGAGACGACAAAAGGGUAUUCUCCUCUUUGUCCCUGGGGACGGGAAAUACCAAAAAGCUGAGAUCUUGAUGACACAAAAGCUCUGCAUUUGAGAGCAAAACAAGGCAAGGGAGCUGCUUUAGUGGAAAGGAGUGAUUUUGGUGGGAAAUUUGGAUGUGGGAUCUGAACGGAUCGCCGAAGAGAAUGGGGGAUCCGGUCACCUUCCAGUUUUUCCCAGUCAGUGAGCCGGCGGAGGACGGGAUCCAGGGCGGUGAGAUCACCGCAGUUGCUCCUCGGGCCCACUGGGCCGGUGUUAAGUUCGUGGAGAAGGCCGCUGACGUGUCGCCGGCGGUUAAGAAGAGCCGGCGGGGCCCACGGUCGAGGAGCUCGCAGUACAGGGGAGUUACCUUUUAUAGGAGGACUGGGAGAUGGGAGUCUCAUAUUUGGGAUUGUGGGAAACAGGUUUAUUUAGGGGGUUUUGACACUGCUCAUGCUGCUGCUAGAGCUUAUGAUCGUGCUGCGAUCAAGUUCCGAGGAGUGGAGGCUGAUAUAAACUUCACUUUGAGUGAUUAUGAGGAUGAUCUGAAACAAAUGGCCAACCUGACAAAGGAGGAGUUUGUUCAUGUUCUUCGUAGACAGAGUACAGGGUUCCCGAGAGGGAGCUCUAAGUAUCGAGGUGUCACAUUGCAUAAAUGCGGGAGAUGGGAGGCGAGAAUGGGUCAAUUCCUGGGCAAAAAAUAUGUCUAUUUGGGCCUAUUUGAUACAGAAGUUGAGGCUGCAAGAGCUUAUGAUAAAGCUGCAAUCAAGUGUAAUGGGAAGGAUGCAGUGACCAAUUUCGACCCUAGCAUCUAUGAGAGCGAACUGAGUUGCAAUGGUAGCCAAAGUGAUCAUAAUCUUGAGCUGAGUCUGGGAAGCUUGAGCUCGAAGAGGACUAGUGUCGAGCCAAUGGAUGAAGAAGGCUCUGUUGGAAUGGAUCAGAGAGCGCCAAUGGAUGAGUUCGAUUGGAAACGCAACACAAGGCCAAAGUUUCCAAGCAAUAACGAUAUAUCUGUCACCGGAGGUGGAGGCCUUUCUUUAUCAAUAGGCAGCGAGCAAACCCCUCUCUCUUCAAAACUGCUCGCCGCAAAUACUGCAGCAUCAUCAGGAUUCCCGCCACAGUUAGUGAAACCAACUCCUAUUUGGUUUGGGCUUCAGUCUCUCAUGAGACCGAGCUAAGUUGUCUCUCUCUUCUGCAGACAAAUUGCCAGGCUAUUGGCAUAAUUUUGUUGCAAAUGUAGCCACCACUGAAAUGGGAGGAGCUCUUCUUUUACUGUUAUUUGAUGAGAGUGGUGGAUACAAGAGAGUAGUUUCAGAGUGUAGACGCUUUUCUUUUCAGUUUAUUUUAGUUGACGAUUUCUAAUUCUCAAUUGUGUUUUUUUUAAUGGUGUUUUUCUUCUUGGUGCACGUACGUAAUUUUGUUUUA